UCAAUAUUGCAUGCCCGUGAUCUUCGGGCCCUCAGGUGGAACUGCAUUAAAAACAGGCAUGAUUCUGUAAAGGAAAUCACUUCAUGGGCUCAGAAACACCUCCAGAACUCACUGUCUGUGAACACAGUUCGCCAUGCCAUCCACAAAUACUGGUUAAAGCUCUAUCAUGUAAAGAACAAGCCAUAUGCAAACAUGAUCCAGAAACCCCCUCAUCUUCUCUGGGCCGAAGCUCAUUUAAAAUGUACUAACGCAAAGUGGAAAACUGCUCUGUGGGCAGACGAAUCGAAAUUUGAAAUUCUUUUUGGAAACCAUGGACACCGUGUCCGCUAAACUAAAGAGGAGAGGGACCAUCCGGCUUUUUAUCAGUGCUCAGUUCAAAAGCCUGCAUCUCUGAUGGUAUGGGGGUGCAGCAGUGCCUUUGGAUUGGGCAGCUUGCACAUCUUGGAAAGGCACCAUCAAUGCUGAAAGAUAUAUGCAGGUUUUAGAGCAGCAUAUGCUUCCAUCCAGAUUCCAUCCCAUCUCUACUUCUGAAAGACUCUUCCUCCCUAAGAUACUCUUUUUAUACCCAAUCAUGUUAUUGACUUGUUGCCAAUUAAUCUAAUUAGUUGCAAAAUGUUCCUCCAGCUGUUUCUUUUUAUCAAAACUUAUAUUCCCAGACUUUUAUUGCCCCUGUCAAUAAUGUGUUGCUGAGAUGUGUUGCGGCCAUCAAAUUAAAAAUUACCUUAUUUUUUCCUUAAAAUGGUACAUUUGCCCAGUUUAAACACUUGAUAUGUUUUCUAUGUUCUAUUGUCAAUAACAUAUAGGUUUAUGAGAUUUACAAAUCAUUGCAUUCUGUUUUUAUUUACAUUUAUUUACAUUUUACACAGCGUCCCAACUAUUUCGGAACUGGGGUUGUAAAUGACUGUUGACAUUGCAUUGAAAAAGAAGCCCUAAGAAGGCUCUGGCAGAUGGGCUGGUCAGUGUGUUGAUUCAGGUCUCUGUACAUCCUUGUGUGAGGAUUUUCUCACCUGUGCUUCUGGUUUAUAUAUUACUAAUACGCUGAGUUCUCAACAUUUUGUGAUAACGGCAUGAUUAAUCAUUCACUGAAUCAGCACUAGCCUCAAAGUUCACACUCUUUGUCUAUAGCAUUUUUAAAAUGACAUCUGCACCUGAGCUGGUGACAGGCACAGCCGAGCCGGGACAGAAUGGGAAGUUUACGCUGGAGAUCGCUGAUAUUGUGGUUGUGGUGGUCUACUUUAUAUUUGUGCUAGCAGUGGGAAUAUGGUCAUCUGUCAGAGCCAACAAGGGAACCAUUGGAGGAUACUUCUUAGCAGGAAGAUCCAUGACAUGGUGGCCAAUUGGAGCUUCUUUGAUGUCCAGUAAUGUUGGCAGUGGCUUGUUCAUUGGAUUAGCAGGCACUGGGGCAGCAGGGGGAAUCGCUGUGGGGGGAUUUGAGUGGAAUGCAGCAUGGGUCCUCAUUGCUUUGGGCUGGUUCUUUGUGCCUGUGUACAUUUCCGCUGGAGUCGUCACCAUGCCUGAAUAUCUCAGGAAGAGGUUUGGAGGCCAGCGCAUUCGGAUCUACAUGAGUGUUCUGUCUCUCAUUCUCUACAUAUUCACCAAGAUAUCAACAGACAUUUUCUCUGGAGCGUUGUUCAUUCAGGUGUCACUGGGAUGGGACCUAUACCUCUCCACUGUAGUGCUGCUUGCAGUCACAGCACUCUAUACUAUUGCUGGUGGAUUGACAGCUGUGAUUUACACUGAUGCUCUGCAGACUGUCAUCAUGGUAGUUGGAGCAUUUGUUCUCAUGUUCAUAGCAUUUAAUAAAGUGGGCUGGUACCAGGGCUUGCUGGAGCAGUAUGAGAAAGCUGUACCUGCUCUCAUUGUUCCUAACACUACGUGUCACCUCUCUCGCCCUGACGCCUUCCACAUCUUCCGCGACCCGGUCAGUGGUGAUCUGCCGUGGCCUGGCCUGCUCUUUGGGCUCACCGUGCUGGCUACAUGGGUGUGGUGCACUGACCAGGUGAUAGUACAGAGGUCCCUCUCUGCUAAAAACCUGUCACAUGCUAAAGGAGGCUCAGUGCUGGGUGGCUACCUGAAGAUCCUCCCCAUGUUCUUCAUCGUCAUGCCAGGAAUGAUCAGCAGAGCACUCUACCCAGAUGAAGUGGGAUGUGUGGAUCCUGAUGAGUGCUUUAAGAUAUGUGGAGCUACUGUGGGAUGUUCUAACAUUGCCUAUCCUAAACUGGUGGUGGAGUUAAUGCCAGUAGGUAUGCGAGGCCUGAUGAUUGCAGUGAUGAUGGCUGCUCUCAUGUCCUCCCUCACUUCUAUAUUUAACAGCAGUAGCACCCUCUUCACUAUGGACAUUUGGCUGCGUAUGAGACGGCAGGCAUCUGAGAAGGAGCUCAUGGUCGUGGGCAGGGUAUUUAUUUUAUUCUUGGUGGUCCUGAGCAUCUUAUGGAUUCCAGUUAUUCAAUCAGCCAACAGUGGACAGCUGUUCGACUACAUUCAGUCCAUAACCAGUUACUUGGCCCCUCCGAUCACUGCCGUCUUCCUGAUGGCCAUCUUCUGGGGUCGCAUAAACGAACAAGGAGCGUUCUGGGGGCUGAUGGUAGGUUUGGUGAUUGGUCUUGUACGCAUGGUAAUGGAGUUUGCCUAUGGUACUCCUUCCUGUGGAGAGAAGGACCUGAGACCUCCCAUGCUGAAAGAUGUGCACUACCUGUACUUUGCUCUUAUACUGCUCCUACUGACAGCACUAGUCAUUACAGCAGUCAGCCUCUGCACUUCUCCUAUUCCAGAGCAACAUCUUAUCCGUCUAACCUGGUGGACAAGACAUAGCAAGAAGGAGCGUGUAGAUCUGGAGGACCCGUGGGCUGCCUCACCCUCAUCAGCACACUCUCCCCCUGCUUCUGACCCGGAGGUGAAGAUGGAAAGGUCUGGGUGGUGGAGACGAGUGGGAAUGUGGCUGUGUGGACUGUCUGAAGCUCCCAAACCAGAGCUAAGCAGAGAGGAACAGCUGGCUAUGGAGAAAAAGCUGACUAGCAUUGAAGAGGAACCCAUCUGGAGAAAUGUUUGCAAUAUCAAUGCCAUCAUUCUACUCGCUGCCAAUGUAUUUCUUUGGGGCUACUUUGCUUAA